UUUUGAUGGAGCAGACAAUCAGCAACUUAGUAGCCUGAAGAACAUAAAACGGUCUCCAACCAUCUCCUCCCCUCUGCUCUCUCUUGCUCCCUCCGUUAGAGGAAACCAGUGAAAAAGAAAAGGAGGAGAUGAUAAGGGGAGGGAAGAGCUACGUAUCUUCACCUCCAGCUUUCUCAAACGAUGCGAAGAAGCUUCUCGUUUGCGCUGCCAACACGGUUGCCAUCUUUAGCACCGAUACUGGCUUGCAGAUAGCAUCACUGGAAGGUCACACGGCGCUUGUGACAGCGGUGAUUGUGGUGCCAGCAUGGAAUCCGGCGAGUAAGAUACUGUGUUACUGUUGGACGGCCUCGCUCGAUGGAACUAUUAGAUAUUGGGACUUCUCGGCGCCGGCGCUUUUGAAGACGGUCAAUGUUCAUCUUCAGGUUUUUUCCAUGGUUAUUCCAUCUUUUUUCAAUAAACGACAAGAAGUUCAAGACAGUGCUCAUGACCUGCUUGCUUAUGUAUCCGUCGAAGAUUCAAGUGUGCCAGCAGAAGGGCCCAAUAAAUUAUGUGGACAAAUACGGAGAUGUAACCUGACCAAGUUCCGGAUGCCUCGUGGUGAGACUUUGAAAGAGACUGAAGAACCAGAAUCUAUUACUGCUAGUCCCUCAGGAGAAUUUUUUGGUAUCCGUAGCAAGUGUAAACUCCAUAUUUGGAAGGUCCCUUCAGCAAAAUCUAAGCAUAAUAUGGCUAAGAUGAUGACCCUGCAUCAUACCAAGAUCAUGACUGUUCUUGCAUUCCAUCCAACACAGAAAAUUGUAGCUGCCGGUGAUGUGACUGGAAGGAUUUUAAUCUGGAGGGGUUUCGGUUGCAGGACAUUUGCUAUAGGUAAUGAAUUGGGAAGUGGAAGAUCAAUGGAUGAUAAGGAAGAAAAGCCUGGGGUGAGGGGUAAUGAUGAUGCUGAUUCUUGCACUACAUGGCACUGGCAUCCUGCUGAAGUUAAUAUCCUCAUGUUUUCUUCCGAUGGAGCCUACUUAUAUUCAGGUGGAAAGGAAGGCGUUCUUGUAGUUUGGCAGCUAGACACAGGAAAGAAGAAAUUUUUGCCACGAAUUGGGUCUCCACUUCUGUAUUUUACGUGUUCUCCAGAUCCUUCACUUUCCUCAAUAAUCGAAUUCAUCUUCUUAAAAUGCCUUCCAUGGGAAUUUGGAAGUCCAUUUCUGGGAUUAAGGUUUGUUCCUAUAA